UAAAGGUAUCACUGGUAUCAAUGUUAGUUCGUAACUUCACCGCUUAUAAAUUGUUUCUAAAGCGGUUGAAGUUAAUAAAUAGUAAAAUAAUUAAUAUAGAACAUUGAAUGAUAAUAAAUUUAAUCAGGUUGUGUAUCAAUUGAUUACGUCUAAUUCGUGAGGAGAAAAAAAAUUACAAUUGUUUGGGAUUUACUAUUUCGAAAUUAAACUUAGGAACACCAAAAUGGAGUAAGUGACAAUUGCUGUAAGAUAUUUGAAAAUAAAAGAAUAUUCAGUAAAAAACAUUUUUCAAAAUAUUUAUCAAAUCACUUUAAACAAACAUGAGUCUACUGGGUAAAGAUGAAACUGAUAGUUUGAAAAAAAAUCUUGAAGAUCAACUAGACAGGCUAAUGAAACAGUUAGAGGAUCUAGAAGAAUGCCGAGAUGAUUUAGAUCCAUCAGAAUAUGAGGAAACCAAAAAUGACACGAUCGAACAGCUUAAAGAAUUAAAUGAAAGUCUUCAAAAAAUGUUAUCAGGAAAUAUAAGUUUAAUAAAUGAUUUAGGAGCUAUGCAAUUAGCCACUCAAGCUGCAAUAAGUGCAGCUUUUAAAACUCCAGCUGUUAUUAGGAUGUUUGGUAAAAAAGAACCAAAACAGUUAAGAGAAAGACUAGAAGUCGUAGAAAGAGACUCUAAAUUGGGUAGAAUCGAUAAAGAAACAAGUGAUAAGCAAAAAGCCGAAAUUCUAAGUGCCUUGAAACACUUAGGAGAAACAUUAAGCCCAGUAGAAAUCAAAUUUCUUCAACAAAUUAAUCUUAAAGGUUUUGAUACCACUAGUUUUGUACAAGUGUCUGAUAACACAAAAGAAAAUCAAGCUGCUUUGGAUGUAAUUAGCAAAGAAGUUAACGCUUAUAAUCAAAAAUAGGACUGAUGACUUAAUUAAAUAUGACUGUCUCUUGAAUGAAUAAGUUUAUUAAAGAAUAUAUAUUUUUUUCUUGAUUUUAUAUUUAUUUUCUUUUGUAUACUAUAUGACUUACUUUAUUAUUUAACGAGAAAAUAAUAAGAGAUUGAAUAAAAGUAAAUGUUGUGUGAAACUAUUAUUUGAGAUAGAAAAUGAACCAAAUAAAUAUGAAAAUUUGUAAUUUUUACUAUUUGAUAACGUAAAUAAAUUAAUAAGUGAAAUAUA